UAAUAUCUAAACCCUAGAAAAUCUCUUCUUACUUGUUAGUGACGAAGAAUCCCUUAAAAGCUCUCUCCUUUUUCAAUCUCUCUCUUUGCUUCAAGGUGACGCAGAAUUCCGUCAAGGCUCUUUCCAUCUCCGUCAAGAGAAAAUGGGUUCAAAUGCGUCAGAUCCUGCAGUGUUGAAGACUUGGAGAAGGAAUCCUCCUUCCUCUACUCUUGUCAGACUUUCUCAGCUUGCUAACGAGAAAUACGAGUCCCCUCCUUUCUCUUCUGGUGCACACAACUGGAGAUUGGUUGUUCACCCAAAAGGAAACGAAGCGGACAAUGGAAGUGGGUUUGUGUCUAUGUAUGUGGAAUGCCUCUCAUCGACAACACCACCCAUUGAUGUGUUUGCCUAUCUCACUUUCUUUGUCUUCAGCGAGGAAGAGAAGAAGUACCUCUCUUUUCAAGAUGUUGAAGUGAAGCGUUUCAAUUCUUCAAAAACGGUUUGGGGAUUGUCAAAAGCUCUUCCGGUUGAAACACUCAAAGACCGUGCAAAGGGAUUUAUCUUGUACGGUGAAGAACAUGAGUUCGGUGCUCAUGUGAAGAUUGUUUCACGACCCGCCUCUUUUGGUGAAGAUCUCCCUUUUCACAAAUUCUCUUGGACUAUUCGUGAUUUCGCUCUUCUGGAACAGAAUGAUUACGUAUCCAAAACCUUUCACAUGGGAGAAAAGGAUUGGACUCUAAAGUUGUAUCCAAAGGGGGACUCUGAGGCAGAUGACAAGUUAAUUCAGCAUUUGCAUUUAGCUGACGGUGAAACUUUAGCCAAGGGUGAGCUGAUUUUCGUGCGAGUAAACCUGAAGGUUCUAGACCCGCGUGGAUCCAAUCACCUAACAGGAAGCCUUAACUGUUGGCUCAUGAACUCGAACAAAGCGUGGGGUCUUCCUCAAUCCAUGUCUUUCGAUAAAAAUGAGGGGGCUUACUUGGAUCGUGAAGGGACUUUGGAGGUAGAGAUUGAAUGUGAAAUUAAAAACUCCCAUAAAAACCAUCCCUUCUUUUAGGAUAUCAACCAUGUCAGGUCUACUACUCUAGAGUCUGGGACUACUCUGUUUUAAGCGUAAAAACUGAAUGUGAAGUUAACGCUCUAUCUAUGUUUAGGAUAUCUAUGUAUCUACCAUGCCAUGUCUACUACUCUAUGACUUACCUACUCUGUUUUUAGGAUAUCUAAAUAUCUACCAUGCCAUGUCUACUACUCUAUGACUUACCUACUCUGUUUUUAGGAUAUCUAAAUAUCUACCAUGCAUGUCUUGACUAUUGUAUGUUUGUAUGACUUUUGAUGCGGUUGUGAAUGAUCGUAGUUUAUUAAAGUUCUUGAAAUAUUUUUAUG